AUGGUCGGCAAGCAACCAGAUUCGCCGCGGCAGCCUACACGACAACGGCGACCGGCGCCCCGUCGCCGUAGGCGCCACGCGUCGCCUCCUCGGGCAGUCUUCCUGCCGCGGCUUCGCGCCCCUUCCCGCUCCUUGGGAGCCGACCACCGGCGCCCGCGGCAGUGUUUGCGUUGCAAACAGGCCGGCAGAAGUGAGCGUGCGCGAGGCGAUCAUUUUUCCGGGCUGGCGCCCCCUGGAGAGCGGCAGGCGGCCGCUACACAGGGAAAACAGCGGGCCGCUGUUUGCGCGCAGACCUCGCCUCGCCCGGGGCGGCUAAUGAAUCGGCCGGCGUCCACUCUGUUUUUACGCCGUAUUACUCCUCCCCGGCCGCCGGCGGGCGCGGGAUCGGCGCUCGCUGGUAACCGCCCCAGAGCAAGACCGCCGAAGAGCGCACUGCCACAUCCGAACGCCGCCCAACCGCACCGACUAACAAACAACAGCGGAGUACUCAGCCGUGUCGACGUAAUCUCCUAUAAUAUCUGGAACGCUAUCAGCUUCUAG